UUUCUGCUCUCGCGGCCCCGCGCGCGCAGCGCCCAGGAACCCCGCAGCGCCUGACCCCUGUCGCCCCUCCUCGCGCCCAGGGUUCUGCCAGCGACCGGAGCAGCCAGCUGCCUGCCGCAUGGAACGGCUGCAGAAGCAACCACUCACCUCCCCUGGGAGCGUCAGCUCCUCCCGAGGCUCCAGUGGUCCCGGCUCUCCCUCCAUCGUCGUGGCCAAGAUGGACAAUCAGGUGCUGGGCUACAAGGACUUGGCCGCCAUCCCCAAGGACAAGGCCAUCCUGGACAUCGAGCGGCCUGACCUCAUGAUCUACGAGCCCCACUUUACCUAUUCUCUCCUGGAACACGUGGAGCUGCCCAGGAGCCGGGAGCGCUCUCUGUCACCCAAAUCCACAUCCCCCCCACCAUCCCCAGAGGUGUGGGCAGAGAGCCGGUCCCCUGGAAUCAUCUCUCAGGCUUCAGCCCCAAGAACCACCGGGACCCCCCGGACCAGCCUGCCCCAUUUCCACCACCCUGAGACCACCCGCCCAGAUUCCAAUAUCUACAAGAAGCCACCCAUCUACAAGCAGAGAGAGUCCAUGGGAGGCAGCCCUCAGAGCAAGCCCUUCCAUGAGGACAUCAUCGAGUCAUCCAAGUUCCCUGCAGCCCAGCCGCCUGACCCCAACCAGCCAGCCAAGAUCGAAACUGACUACUGGCCGUGCCCCCCGUCGCUGGCCGUCGUGGAAACAGAAUGGAGGCGGCGGAAGGCGUCACGGAGAGGGGCAGAGGAGGAGGAGGAGGAGGAGGAAGAUGAUGACUCCGGGGAGGAGAUGAAGGCGCUCAGGGAGCGUCAGAGGGAGGAGCUCAGCAAGGUUACUUCCAACUUGGGAAAGAUGAUCUUGAAAGAAGAGAUGGAAAAAUCAUUGCCUAUCCGGAGGAAGACCCGCUCUCUGCCUGACCGGACACCCUUUCAUACCUCUUUGCAUGCAGGAACGUCUAAGUCGUCUUCUCUCCCCGCCUACGGCAGGACCACCCUAAGCCGGCUACAGUCCACAGACUUCAGCCCAUCUGGGAGUGAAAGUGGGAGCCCAGGCCUGCAGAACGGAGAGGGCCAGAGGGGGAGGAUGGACCGGGGGAACUCCCUGCCCUGUGUGCUGGAGCAGAAGAUCUAUCCCUACGAAAUGCUGGUGGUGACCAAUAAGGGGCGAAGCAAGUUGCCUCCAGGUGUGGACCGGAUGAGGCUUGAGAGGCAUCUGUCAGCAGAGGACUUCUCAAGGGUAUUUUCCAUGUCACCAGAAGAGUUCAGCAAGCUGGCGCUGUGGAAGCGGAACGAACUCAAGAAAAAGGCCUCUCUCUUCUGAUUGCCCCACCCUCUCCAUGACUGACCCUCACCUCUGCUGCUUCAGGGCUCUGCAGCUGGGGUCACCAGACCCCAAAGCAUCAUCUCUUGAGGGAGCAGGAGGGUGGGGCAGAGGUGGGGUUGGCUCCAUUCCCCAGGUGUAGGGGAGCCAAGCCGUCUGCAGUGCUGGUGUAUGGCCCAGGGGCUUUCUUCCCCAUAGGAGUGAGGGGCUGCCUCCUCUCAUGCCUGGUCCUCACUGCACGGGCCAAACCUGUCUGGACUCCAGCACACACAGAGUUAAUGUUUGCAGCCUCUCCCUGCCCCUGCCCCUGCCCCUACAUGAAGGUCCCCAGAAGAGAGUGAGGAGAAAGGAACGUGGCGCUUAGUGGUCAGGCUGUCGGCUAUCUUCACCAGCUGGUGGGCAGGAGGAGGUGAGAGUAGGGAGCAGGCAGGUGGGCCGGGAGGAGAGCCCCAGGACCCUGUGGGUGCCCAGGCACGCCUUCUCGCCUCACCUGGGACACAUUCCCCAGCCCUGGCCUCCUGUUCCUCUCACUCUAGCAGGGCAGGCUCCAGCUCAGCCUCUAGCCCUGAGGCCGUCCUGCCCUCCAGCUCACCCUGUCCUCUCCUUGUGACCCUCAAGCUUCGAAGCCCCUUGCUCAGCCCUGCGGCUUCCCCAAAAGUGUUGGCUUGGAGUGGAGAUGUUGCCUGUACAAACCCAGCUCACCAUCAGCCUCCAGGCAAAGUCAGCUAGGCUCCUACCUUCUAGCACCCAGGGCCCGGCCAGAACCCAGCCCUGCAGGCUCCCUGGGAUGGGAUCAAGAGGCCAGGCUGUGUCCUGGCCACCAGGUCCCAUCCACUCCCAUGCACCCCCACCAUGCUGUCCGAAGAAUGUAGUUUAUCGGGGCCCCCCAGCUGCUUCCCCCACCUGACUCUGCCCCACCUCAAUCACAGUCCCCGCUUUUCUUCUCUCAAAGACAUAUGUGAAUAUAAUUAUAUAUAUAUUUUUUUUGCCUGGGUCUGGGUUUUGUUCCUGCCCAGACCCUGGCAUCCCUUUCCACUAUGUGUGUGACAAUGCUGGGGAGGGGGACUCUGCUUGGAAUUAAAAGGUUGCAUUGGGUCCCCAAA